AUGGAGGUAAACAUGGAGGAUGCGCAGCAAUCGGCUUGCGUCGACGACUGCCAAGAAGCUCUAGUGGUCAGAACGGAGGAGAAUGCGGAGCCUAUCCAUCUACACCAGCAUGACCCACAUCUCUUCCUGGCUAAUUCCUCUGACGGCCUCUACUGGCAGGCCUCUGGGAUGUAUGAGACCCAGUCGAUUCCGAAUGGAAAUCAUGGUAUAUAUUCACAGAACUGGAAAAUCCUGGUGAACUUUAACUAUCUAAGUACUCACCAAAUUUCAGCUGAGGUCAAUUCGAGUCAGAGCAUUGAGUUCAUCCAAAAUCUAAAUUUCCAAAGUUUGGCUUUACCAUCAAUCCAGCAGCCAGUGAUUGCUGGGCCUGAUCCGAAUUUUGAUGGAUAUUCGUUUGUCCCUGUAGCGGACCGUACUCAGCCGGAGUAUCUCCUCGGAUUUGAAGAGAAUAUUUUUGAUCUCGUUUCGAAUGAUUAUCGAUUUACAAGCACUCCAAGCCUAUUCGGUGUCCCAGAUAUGGACAAUCAGUAUGCGCAACAUGAUGCAUAUUCAACAUUAGGCGAUGCCGUCUACCCACAAACACUUGAGUCAGAGGUCUAUGCCCCUACUCUGGCACAAAGCCAGCCUUCCCUUUCUUCGCCCCAGAUUACAAUUCAGGGAUAUGAUACAGAGGGUGCUAGCUUGUUUCCGGGCUCAGGAAGCUGUCAACUCCCAUAUAUGACAAACAGCGAUGGUAUUGCGGCUGUGUGGGAUAUUGGUAGUUGGCCAAAUAACGGCAACAUCGCUAUGCCUUGGAGCGCGCCCUCUACAGUAGCCAACGAUGGGUCCUCCGGCUUGACUCUCAGUUCCGAAACUGACCUGUGGCCAAUGUUCGCGUAUUCGGAGUCAGUCCCGGUACAGGGAGAGCUAUGGAAUAAUGAGGCUUCUGUUUCAAAUUCCACUGCAUGCAAGCACCUUUGGCCUUCUGCCUGA